AUGGUCACGUUCGGAGAGGACUUGCAGAAGAGCUUCGGCCGGCAGGGCAAGACGCUUUCUUUGAAAUUCGCCUUCAGCCUCGGCAUGCCCGUGAUUGAUGUCUUGGAUUACGUCCACAGCUACGAGUACAUCCACGCCCUUGCCGAUAUGGAGGAGUCCAGCGUGCUAGGUUGUUUUCGCAAAGACAACGGAAACAAUUUGUAUCUGCAGGACUUUGGUUUCGCCUAUCGGUACACGCAAAACGGCAAGCGCAAGGAAUACAUGGACGACCGGACGAAGGUGCACUACGGCACCAUUGAGUUCGUGUGUCGGGACGUUCGCAUUGGUGCGCACUCUCGAAAGAGUGACGCGAAACUGCUGGUAUACAACGUGUUCCAGUGGAUUUCUUGUCGACUGCCCUGGAAGGACAACCUCAUGGACCCAGAGCACGUCAGCGAACAAAGAAACAAGCUUAUGGAAAACAUGCCCCUGCUGAUGAGCAAAUGCUUACCACACGGGAACAUUCCAUGUAGCAUCACCAAACUCCUGCAGUACGCGGUCCCCAUAAAAUUUGAGGACUCGGAACAUUACAAACGGCGAAACAGGGUCUCACAGAAGGGCAUCCACACAGCGUGCUUCAAGCCCCGCAGCGGGCUACGCUUCAUGCCACCGAGGACGCAGCGGCGGAAGUGGUUUUCGCCCAAGAAGCCCAUGCUGCAAGAAAUCAUCCUCGCCGAGGAUAGCAUGGGUGAGAGCGGGGACGAGAACGUCAUGGAGAAGUCGCAGCAAAGCAAGGUCGCCACGACGCCAGCCACAACGCCACUCUGGAAAAGGAAGCACCGGUCGCCCGCGGUAACUAAGUCCGCCUCGUGGCCGCACGGCGUCGUCAAGCUGGAGCCCAAGAGAAAGCCGGUGAAGAAGAACGCGGCAUCAUCCCUUUCGGGCUGGACAUGCUGUAAAGGCUCUCGGUAG